CGCGCAUACAGCUGUUAACUCUGUUUCCGUCCUCCUCUUGGUGCUGACUUCAAAAAAUGUAAUAUUUUGUAUUGUUCUCAUCGGUAGCUUGUACAUUAGUGUACAUAGUGAGUAUAAAUAUUGAAAUUAUAAAAAAGUUAUCUUUAUAAAGAAUCGCAAUGAAUAAAAGAGGUAAUUAUAAAACGUACUAUGACAGGGAUUGUUUAACUUCAAGGAUUCCUCGGUCAACAAGUUAUAUAAAAAAAAACAGUACUAAAUUUGUUACAAACAGAACAUUUCAAUGAGCACAAUAAGUUUUCUAAAUUGACCCCAAAUACUGUGUUUCAUGACAUUGAUAGCUCUUCUAGCAUCAAUAAUUCAUCAAAAGGAGAUGGAUUGUUACUUAAAUCAGAUUUUAGAAAUACACGUGUUGCAGAUUCUUUUGACCAUGUUCGCGUAUCCACUGAGUAUACAUCAAAACAUAACCUCUUAUUUGAUGCAGACUUUGAAGAAAUAAAUCUUCAAGAAGGUUUACAACAAGGCAACGUUCAACAAAAAUUAGAAGAACGAACUUGUGGUUGUACUAACAUGAAUGUCGCAGAAGUGUUAUUAAUUUUUAUGACUAUAGGAAAGAAGCAUUCUUUAACAUGGGUUACUUUAUUAGAUUUAUUUAAAGCAUUAAAUUUUAUCUUCUGUAGAAACAUAUUCCCAAUGACAAAGUACAUGAUUCGAAAAUUAAUGGAUGUAAGUACUGAAUCGUUUACGUAUCAUACGUUGUGCCGGCAAUGUAAUAAGUAUUUAGGAAGUUUCAAAAAUGUGAAAUCUACACAAAAAUGUGUUUGUGGUUAUACUAUGUCAUCUUCUUCAACUGGUGCAUUUUUUAUUCAUAUCGACAUUGAGGAUCAGUUAAAAAAGUUUUUUUCCAAUAAAGAUAUAGUAAACAACUUAAAUUAUAGAUUUAUAAGAAAAAAACAAAAUUCUUCUGCUCUUGAAGAUAUUUAUGAUGGCAAAGUUUAUAAAAAACUCUCAAAAGAUAAGAAGUACCUAAAUAAUGAUAAUAAUUUUUCCUAUACAUUUAAUACUGAUGGUUGCCAAGCAGCAUCUCAUUCGAAGGUUUCUGUAUGGCCUAUUUAUUUGAUGAUCCACGAGUUACCAGAUCACUUAAGAAAAAAACACAUGAUUUUAGUUGGUAUAUGGGUAAAUGACUCUGAACCAGAUAUGAAUAUGUUUCUUAAUCCGUUUGUAGAGCAAGCAAACAAAUUAUCUUCACAAGGAUUUGAAUGGGUUCACAAUGCCAAAAUAAUUAGGAGUAAAUUAUUCCCAUUAGGUUGUUGUGUUGACUCAGUAUGCAGAUGUGCUGUACUAAAUAUGAAACGAUUUAACGGCUUUUACGGAUGUACGUUCUGUGAGUACCCAAGUGAACGGAUAGAUGGUAUUCAUAAAUAUCCAAUGCUUGAAAAAGUUCCUCAAUUACGAACAGAUGAUAGUAUCAAAAAUCAAAUGGUACUUGCUGCGUCUGCUUCAAAAGAUGUGAUGGGAGUUUGGGGACCAGCUUCAUUAAUGAAUCUAAAAUUUUUUGAUCUUGCUAAAGGCAUGAUUGUUGAUUUUAUGCAUUCAUGUUUGCUUGGUGUCACAGAACUUCAUACUGAAAUUCUAUUAAAAAGUGUAAAUGAAAAUUACUAUGUUGGAUCACCAACUGCUUUGAAUAGUAUUGACAAACAACUUUUAUCAAUUAAACCACCAAAAUGUAUUAGCCAGGUUCCGAGAAGUAUAAAAGAUCGAAAGAAUUGGACAGCUUCCAACUGGCUUGCAUGGGUUGUAUUCUAUGCAAUACCAUGUUUAAAAGUAGUUUUACCGAGAAAAUAUUUAAAUCAUCUUGCUAUGUUUUCCACUUCCAUGACUUUACUCUUAAAUGAUUCAAUAACGAAAGAUAUGCUUGAAACUGCAAAAAAAUUGCUCAUCAAAUAUGUUUUUUAUUUUGGUGAAUUCUUUGGUGAACAUGAAUUAUAAUGUUCAUUUACUCUUUCAUGUGCCCAUUACUGUUGAAAAUUGGGGGCUAUUAUGGGCAGCAAAUACUUUUCCUUUCGAAAAUGAAAAUAAAAAUGUGUUGAAAAUGAAGAAAAGUAAUUGCAAUAUAGCAAAACAAAUUUGUAUCCGACUGUUAAUAUACCAACAUAUACCUAUUUUAGCAACAAAUAUUUGUAUUCCUAAAAGAACAAUCGUUUUUUGUGAUUCGUUAACAACUCAGCAAUUACACAAAGUUAGUAUAGUAAAAGAAUGUACCUUGUUAGGUAUUGGAAAAAAUUACGUUCUAACAUCAGAUGAAAUUAAUUCUCUACAACUUUUAUUAGAUGUAAAUAAAAUUAGUGAAAUUAAACAGUACAAAAAAAUGAUAUACAAAAAUUGUAGAUUUACAACAAAUUCUUGUUUGACUCGUACUAAAACAAACAAUGCCAUUUUUGAAACAAUAAAUAAAGAGUUUGGAAUCAUUCUACGAAUUUGCUGCAUUAAAAGCAAUGAUGUAAGUGAUGUGUUUAUAUUUUAUAAACAAUUACAUACAGAUACAGUCUCUUUCAUUACUGAUCCUGAUGUUAUUAUGGAAUUAAAUUUUAAGCAAUGUAAACUAGCAUCUAAUCGCAUUAAAUGUAUUAAUUAUUCAAAUAUUCAUAGAUCUGCUAUAAUCACCAAAUCAGGCAGAGACUUUUAUUUAAGUAAAAUUGUUGUAGGAGCAAUGGGUCGUUGUCUGAAUUAAAUUUUAAGUUAUCUUAGUUCGCUAAAAAAAGUGCCACUGACAGACCAAUGAGAAAAGUUCGUUCGUUUCUCGUUGGCUUCUCGUAAUUUAAUAUAUAUAUAUAUGUAUAUACAGGGUGUUUCAUUUUAAUCCGACCACGACAAAAAACCAUGGAAAAACUAAUUUUAACGAAAAAUGACCUUAACAAAAGUUGAAGGGGGUAAAGGGGGCCAUCGAAUAACACAAACACCUAUGACCUUGAACUCGAUUUUCGAGGUCAUUUGAGGGUAAUUGUGAUUUUUUUUUAAUAGGAGCCUCUAUUUUAGACCUUGGAAUCGGAUAGAGCGGAAAAAAUUACGUCGCAAAGGAUAUUUUAAGUUUACUUUGGUGACCUUGAGAAGGUCAAUUCAAGGUCAAAUAACAAAAAAUCUGCUAAACAGCUGUUUGUCUGGUUUUAUUUUACUGAUGUCGAUAGAUGACCUUGACAAAAGUUGAAGGGAGCAAAAGGGGUAUAUAUAUAUGUUUGUAUGGCAUUAUUUACACUACAAAUAACGUAUACUGAAAAUAAUUGCUAUGAUAAAAUGCGCAUGAUGUACAUAAUUAUUAUUAUAAUAAAAUAAAAGUAAUCUUUUUAAA